AUGUCGAACCCAAAUGGCCAACAUGCCUACUAUGGCCAGUCAGGCAACCCACCGACUUCUCAACCUACCUCUCAACCCGCCGCCGGUCGCUACGAGAGCUACACCUCGCAACCCAACCCCGCACAGACCCAGCAGCUGCCCCGACGAAUGCCAAGCUAUAACGCUGGAGAUGACUCGCAGCUUUUGAAUACAGCGCGACUACAGCCGACAAGGACCGACGGGAGUGCGCGAUACGCGGUGCAAGGUGGAUAUUCCGGUCAAGGGGGCUACAAUGUCACGCCCGCGGGAUACAGCGAAGACACAGACUCGGGCUUCUCGCGCUCCUCCUCGGAUAGGUCGCGCAUGUCGCCGACCCGCGCUUCAUCGCACACCAGCAUGUCUAGCUAUGGGUACCGCUACCCCGGAUCGUCCGGGCAAGCUGCCUAUAACCCGCAACAAUAUGCCCUCCCACAGUCCCAAACACAACCCAACCUGAGCUACAACCCAUUGUCCUAUACCAAUUCCACCAGCUCCUAUGGGGCCUCCUCUGUGUCGAGCCACCAGCCCUAUAACCCGGCAGCCUACCAGCCCGCAGCGGUUGCAGGACUAGCAUCGCCUACUCUCGCGCGGCGACCCAGCGAGGCCUCGCCAUAUGGAUAUACCCCUCCUACCCCCCAGUCCCACGGGUUCUCCCAACAGCCUCCAAUGCCUCCCCCUCGUGGCCCCGAUCAUCCUUAUGGUUCACGACCCUCGCCGUACGGAUCCUCUCCCGUCUCUGCGGGCCCACCGACCGCGCCUCCUAUAUCGACAUCCUACCAAUCCAUCUCCUCACCUACUUCGGGUACCUAUGCCACCUCAAACUCCCCCUCGGGAGCCUAUAUGCCCCAGUCGACACCACGAACUUAUUACUCUACACCCCAAGGAUUCGGAUCCGACUCGCCCUACCCCUCACACACGAUUCCUCCAGUCUCCAGCGUCUACGAGGACCAGCCCCCGGAGCCACCUGUUCACCAACCCCAAGGAAAUGGUAUAUAUAGCAAACGUUCCAGCUUGACUCAUUCGUCAUCGAGUCGAACUUUGCCCACCCCGCCAAUACAGCAAGAUCUCCCUGUCCUAGGGCCGAGGCGAACUGACACCCUGACUCGACAUCCUCAAUCGCGUCCCCUGCCCGGACCACCGCCUGAGGCAGACAACAUUGUCGAUCACGCCAAUGAUGAUCUGUUCAAGGAGAUCGAGAGCACACAGGCUAGCUUCCGUCGACACAGUUCUCGAGCAUCGCAUGCUAGUUCGGCAUCAAAUUUACAUCUAUCGCCAGAUGAGCAGCAUACACACACGAAUGGGAACAUGGCAACGGGAACUGGUCAAUAUGUGAUUUACGACGCUUUUAAUGACGGGAGUGAUGCAGAAGCCGAAGCGGGAGUCGCAAUGCUGCGCAUGGCAGAAGAGGAAGAAAAGGCUCGCGAAGAACGCAGCUUUUUACAAGGACGUCCUCGUGCGCAAACCAACGCCUCGGUCCGCAGCACUCGCUCUCAAAUAUCUCCUAGAGAUCUAUCUCCGAGGGGCCCAUCACCAAAUCACUUGUCUGCGAGGGGCCACUCGCCGCGUUCCGAUACUACCGAGGAUAAUGAAUUCAUGGGUCAUGAUCUGGCGCUUUACGAAGGCGGCUACCAGGGGAAUUUGCAUUAUGGUGAAGGUCCGACAUACACACCCGAGGAAUCUUCCGAACCUGCUUCUCAUGGUCGGUUCCCAGGAACCUCAGGCUCGUUCAGGAGCUCUCACAUCUCGUCCGACGAACAUGGAGACUAUGCCGACAACUAUGAUCACCCACAGAUCGCGUACGAAUAUGCGCAGCGACUUCAUCAUCUUCCGAAAGAUGCUCGAGUGGAUGCUGGAGGCACAGGCGGACUUUCCUCUCCUGGUAAUUUUGGCAGGCGGAUGAGCUAUGAUUACGGCGAGGAAGGUGAUAGUCCAUAUGAGCAACAACCAGAAGAAGAACACUCUGGUGAUGAAAGUCCCUAUAGGGGAGCUGAAGAUCUUUUCUUCCACCCUGGUAUGCGUCCGCUACCGCCGGCUCCCGUUGAGCCGGCGAAUCAAACCGAGCUCCACUCGCAUUUGAUGCCUGCGGGCACGUACCGACCCCCGGAGCAAGAUGAGAUGCAGGGUUACACACAGUAUAGACACCCCUCCUCUCCGACAUCAGCGGACUACUAUGAAGAUGCUUUGCUCAGUCCAUCUCAAGUUCCGCGGUCGUCGUCCUUGUCGACUCCCAUUGGACCUCGUACUGAUCCACCUAUCAGAUCGAAGACCGAUGCGGACCGAGCAAAGUACAAGCAACAGCAGGAGUUCUUGUGGCAGCUCCAAGAGAAGGAACUGCCUAAGAUCGAUCCGGCUGAAGCCGCUGCCACCAUGGCACUGGAUCUCCCUACGAUCCCCGCCGGUCGCCGCAAGAAGUUUAUCCCGACCAAACUGUCCUCUGAACAGUUCAAGAAGUGUACCGAGCCGUGGGCUUUGAGUUCUAUUCUGUCCUGGAUUCGAGAUAUUAGCGAGGAUGAGACUGAUCUUCGGGAACACGCUAUCGUGGAAGCGAUCGUGGCUUUGCUUGCUCACAAGGUUCCGACUAUGAAUAUUGCCGAUGCCGAGACCUUGGCUGCUCGGGUUGUUAGCAGCAUGCUCCAGGAGGAGGCAUUGGUCAAGGAGGAAGAAUGGGUCAAGUUCAGUUCCGGCACCAUCUCGGGUGUACUCUUCCAGGUCACUGGCACUGGGUGUUACUCAUCGAAGCUCCACGAAAGAGAAAUCCACAUUGAAGAUACUGACUCUUAUGGCCGAUGCUAUUCUCAUCACUGUAUGAGAACAUUGAAGAAGGUCAAUCUCAAGGCCCAGAUGAUGGCACCGCAGAAAAAAGCUGAAGAUUGGGUCACGUUCUACAAAAUUUCUAAGGAAAUUUUCGAGUCUCACCCAAAGAAAGAGAUUGAACGUCAGAACACCCUGCACGAGAUCGUUACUACAGAGGAUUCGUUUAUUUCCCAGCUAGAUGUCCUGCGAGAGCUCGAUGUCUUCGGUAAAGUCGAUGCAGUGAAGAAGGCGAACGAAGACUUUUUACUAGCCCAGCUGAAGUACCGCCAAAAAGAACAGGGUCCUUUCAUCGGCGGCUUUAGUGAUAUCUUCAGAGAAUGGAUUCGCAAAGCCAAGAAUACCUACAUUGACUAUGCGGCGACAUUUCCAAGCGCAAAUUACUACGUUCGCAAGGAAGCCGAGCGAAAUGUCCACUUCAGACAGUUCUUGAAUCAAGUGCGCGAGCACAAACUGUCGAAUCGACUCAGCUGGGAUACGUUCCUCAAGGCCCCGAUCACCCGUAUCCAGCGAUACACACUUUUGCUCAAUACCGUUCAUCGAAACAUGCCCAAAGACUCGGAGGAGAAGACAAAUCUAGCACAAGCAAUCGAGGAGAUCAAGGUGGUGGCGUUGGAGUGUGACAACAAGGUCGGUGAGAUGGGCAAGAAAACGGACUUGAUGGAACUUGCAGCCAAGUUGCAACUUCGUCCCGAAAUGAAGAAGGAAGUCGAACUUAACCUUGAGCAUCUCGGCCGCGAGAUCAUCUUCCGAGGUGAUCUUCAGAGGCCGGGAACCCGCACAAGAUUCCUGGUCGAUACGCAUGCCAUUUUGUUCGACCACUACUUCGUCCUCGCCAAGACAUUCACCACGCGAGACCAAACGCGGUCAUCGAAGUACGAGCGUUAUGAUGUGUCGAAGCUUCCUAUCCCCAUGGAUCUGCUAGCUUUAGAAAGCACUAACGAUGACCCCGUUGUCAAAUCCUCUGUGCGAGGUGUCGCAACCGUGACCCCCCAGGGUGGCGCGAGCCCAAUGGGGCCCAGUACUUCUACAAAUGGGGGCACUACACUCCUUGAGAAUAAGGAUGAUAAGAUCCUGUUCCCAUUCAAAAUUAAGCAUCUCGGCAAGACUGGCACCUACACUCUUUAUGCUUUCUCUGCCCAAGGCCGCAUGGAUUGGUGUCAGAAAAUCAUUGAGGCGAAGACGAAACAUGCCGCUGCCCUUUUCUCUCAAAAUGCGGAGCCAUUCCGACUGCGCGUGCUAGCGGACACUGCGUUCGGUUACUCGGACCAUGGGUCUGGAACGAAGAGUAUCACCAUCAAGGGCACGCCAUUGCAUCGGGCAAUCAAGGAGGUCGAGAAGAAAUAUGAAGGGACUGGGACUAGACCUACUGCAGUUUGCAGGACAAGCGUCAACUGUGCCACUGUUUUCCAGCAGCCCCCAGGGCGACAAAUGUGUGCCGUGGGAACAGAUUACGGAGUGUACAUGUCUGAUCUCAGCAACCCGCGAGGCUGGUAUCGGGCGAUUCCAAUUCUGCGGGUCACUCAGAUUGCCGUAUUCGAGGAAUUCAAUCUAUUCUUGCUGAUCUCGGAUCGGUCUCUCAUUGCAUAUCAUCUUGAUGUGGUCUGUCCUGCUAGCGGAGGUGCUUCUCAAUCACAGGACUCGGCCCGUCGAGCUCCGCAAAAGCUGUCUGGAACCCGUGAAGUCGGUUUCUUUGCAGCUGGCCGGAUGAAGGAUAGGUACUUGGUCUUGUACAAGAAGCGGGACGGCUUGUCGUCCACUUUCAAGGUUCUCGAACCCAUCCUGCAGAAGUCAGCUUCAAGCAAGAGCCGCUUCUUCCAAUCACGGCGGUCUCAGACCGAAUUCUUCCGCGAAUAUGACGAGUUUUACAUUCCCGCCGAAAGUUACGGCAUCAAUAUGUUCCACUCUUCUCUCGCUAUCUCUACCCAACGUGGUAUCGAAGUUCUCACCCUGGACAAGAAGCAAUCCUGGUCCGUGCCAGACUUUAGGUCUGAGACUCCUGAUGCCUCCGACACUCUCAUGAGUAUCGCCCACCGUAUCAAAGACCUCCGACCACUGGGAAUGUUCCGACUUAGCGAUAGCGAGUUCCUUGUUGCCUACCAAGAAUGCGCCGUCUACGUCAACAAGCACGGUGAUGUUUCACGCAGUGUGGUAAUGGAGUUUGUGGGUAGCGCGCACACGGCCUGUCUACAUGGGAAAUUCCUAAUGCUGUUCAACGAUGACUUCGUCGAGGUCCGCAAUGCCAUGAAUGGUCGCCUGAGACAGGUCAUUCCGGGUCACAAUGUUGCUUGCCUGGACGACGGCAGCAAAUUGCCGGGAUCAUUUGGCCAGGCCAACACAAACACGAACAUGAGCGGGUUCACUGGAUCUAGCAAUGGAGUGUCAAUUAGCUCAACACAGCACACAGUCAAGAUCUGCAUGCAACACCCUGAACAUACAGGCAGUCAGAUUGUGUUGGAGCUGGUCGAGAACCAAGGCCAAAAGGAUUAG